UCCGCUGCGGCUACGCCGCCGGCCACGCCCCGCGGUCGCCACGGCAACGCAGGAGCGGCUUCCUAUUGGGCGGCAGCGGGGAGACCACGCCCCUCGCCACGCCGUCCCGCUCUGCCCGGCAACGCUACCGCUUCGGCCCUUUCUAUUGGCCGCGCGGCGGCCAAUGAGAAAGCGCGGCGGCGCGCAUGCGCGGUGCUCGCCCGUUGCCGUGGCGACGCGCGGCCUGAGGGCGGGCGGGAGGCGGCGCGUAUGUAAAUGUAUGUAAAUCUAUGCAAAUGAGCGCGGGGGCGGGGCCUGCUGGACAGACAUGAGCUCCGGAGUGAGGGGAGAGGCCGGGUCCCCGGUGCUGCCGUUCUCCGCCGGGCUGCUGUUCUUCCCGGGGCUCUUCGUGCUCGGUCGCUGCGUCCUGCGCCGCCUGCGCUGCCCGGAGCCGCACGCCGAGAUCCUGGCGGCGAGGCACUGGCUGGCCUCCUGGUACCCUCCGUUCGCCGUGCCGUACUUCAUCUACGACGUGUACGCCAUGUUCCUGUGCCACCGGCACCGCGCGCGCGUCAAGGGCCACGAGGAGGCGGCCGCGCCGGCCCCGCUGCGCCGCGCCGCCCUGGCCUUCCUGCGCCGGGACCCGCUCAUGGUGCUGCACCACGCCGCCAUGGUGCUCGUCUGCUUCCCCGUGGCCACCCUGCAGCUCCAGCACAAGAACAUCUGGGGUGUCCCUGUGUCCCCCAUCCCCCAUGUCCCCAUAUCCCUGAGUCCCCCAACCCCCCUGUACCUAUUUCCCUUGGGGCACUCCUGGGUCCCUUGGGGCACUCCUGGGUCCCUCACGGUUUCGGGGUGCCCCAAUGCGGUUUGGGGGCACAGCUGCAGCCCAUCUGGGGUGUCCCUGGGUCCCUUAAUGCCCAUGUCCUCAUAUCCCUGUCUCCCUUACCCGCACUCCUGUGUCCCCUGGGGCACUCCUGGGUCCCUUGGGGCACUCCUGGGUCCCCCACGAUUUGGGGGUGCCCCAAUGCGGUUUGGGGGCGCAGCUGCAGCUCCAGCACAAGAACAUCUGGGGUGUCCCUGUGUCCCUAUGUCCCCGUAUCCCUGUGUCCCUUACCCGCACUCCUGUGUCCCCUGGGGCACUCCUGGGUCCCUUGGGGCACUCCUGGGUCCCUCCCCCAUAUUUCGGGGUACCCCAUGCGUUUGGGGGCGCAGCCGCAGCCCAUCUGGGGUGUCCCUGGAUCCCUUAAUGCCCAUGUCCCCAUAUCCCUGGGUCCCCCAACCCCCCUGUACCUGAACUCCUGUGUCCCCUGGGGCACUCCUGGGUCCCUUGGGGCACUCCUGGGUCCUCCAUGAUUUGGGGGUGCCCCAAUGCGGUUUGGGGGCGCAGCCGCAGCCCAUCUGGGGUGUCCCUGUGUCCAUGUGUCCCCAUGUCCCCAUAUCCCUGUGUCCCCCAACCCCCCUGUACCUGCACUCCUGUGUCCCCUGGGGCACUCCUGGGUCCCUUGGGGCACUCCUGGGUCCCUCCCCCAUAUUUUGGGGUACCCUAAGGCGGUUUGGGGGCCCAGUUGCAGCCCAUCUGGGGUGUCCCUGGGUCCCUUAAUGCCCAUGUCCUCAUAUCCCUGUCUCCCUUACCCGCACUCCUGGGUCCCUUGGGGCACUCCUGGGUCCCCCGUGAUUUGGGGGUGCCCCAAUGCGGUUUGGGGGCGCAGCUGCAGCUGCAGCACAAGAACAUCUGGGGUGUCCCUGUGCCUCCAACCCCCCUAUACCCACACUCCUGUGUCCCUUCCCCGCACUCCUGUGUCCCCUGGGGCACUCCUGGGUCCCUUGGGGCACUCCUGGGUCCCCCAUCAUUUCGGGGUGCCCCAAUGCGGUUUGGGGGUGCAGCUGCAGCCCAUCUGGAGUGUCCCUGUGUCCCCCAUCCCCCAUGUCCCCAUAUCCCUGAGUCCCCCAACCCCCCUGUACCUGUUUCCCUUGGGGCACUCCUGGGUCCCUUGGGGCACUCCUGGGUCCCUCCCCCAUAUUUCGGGGUACCCCAUGUGUUUGGGGGCGCAGCUGCAGCCCAUCUGGGGUGUCCCUGUGUCCCCCAUCCCCCAUAUCCCCAUAUCCCUGAGUCCCCCAACCCCCCUGUACCUGUUUCCCUUGGGGCACUCCUGGGUCCCUUGGGGCACUCCUGGGUCCCCCACGGUUUUGGGGGUGCCCCAAUGCGGUUUG